AGGGUCGAGAUGACCUGAGACAGGAUGCAGUUAUGCAGCAGGUGUUCUCCCUUGUCAAUCAGCUGCUGGCAGGGGCAGCAGAGACAAGGCAAAGACAGUUAAAGAUUAGAACUUACAAGGUUAGUCAAAGUGGAUUAUUUAUCAUUCUAACUUACAAGGCUAGACACUUUAGAUUACCUCACCUUCUAGCCUCCAUAUCAUUUGAUCAGACUUGUUUAAAGACUUUACUACAUUAGUCUUUCUUUGUGAAUAAAUAUUAGAAUGUUUAAUGUCAGUUAUCUAAAGUCUAGUUUACUGUCAUAUUUACGGCAUCCACCUAUCAAAACUUGUCUGGUGAGUUGUCAUUGUUGAUGCCUGUACAACAAAUAGACCAAUAACUCUUCCAGUGAACUAUAUAUCCCUUGCAGGUUAUCCCACUUAGUCAGAAAUGUGGCCUUCUACAGUGGUGUGAAGGGACGCAACCCUUGGGGGAGUAUCUCACCAGGACGUCGUCAUCAUCACCUGGGGCUCAUGCGAGGUACAGACCCAAGGACUGGCUGGUUAAAGACUGCAGGAGUCAUCUCACUGUAAGUGGUAAACAUCUCUAGCUGUUGCAACGGACAGGCAUUGCACAAGUUUCUCUAUGUGUCAGUUAGGAUGACAUUGUCAACUGACAAAUAAACAUAUACGUUAGGUUACAGUGUCAUUGCCUGACAACUGCCAUAUGUUUUUUUUAAUUCCUGUCAUUUUUAUUCUUCUUAAAUUUUAUCCCCUUUUGAGAACCAUCAAUUUUAGAAGCAUUGCAAUGGCCAAUUGUAACAGAUAUGAGAUAAUGAGUGACAUUGAGUUAAGUAAUGUGAGAUUUAUCACUUGUAUUGGGACUUGGUAAAAACUAACCAAUUGGAGAAGAGAAAAGAUGGGACGAAAUUUUGACAGUUUUUACUUCAAUAUUUAUGUAAGGAGAUUUGAAAAAUGGGAUAACAUUUAUCAAUUAAAGAAGUUGCCAAUGAGUUUACAGCGAAGAUACAUUACAAGUAUUUCUUGGAUUUAGUAUGUUUAUAUUAGGGAUGGACCUAUUUUGUCUCAACUAUCGCAUUCUUGUGAUCGUGUGUUACGUAUAUAAUAAAGUAUAGUCACUAUCACUUGAUCCACUACGCCUCUGUUAUUAUAACUCAUAACUAGAUUGUGGCUGUGAGACACUGUAGUUGUGACACCAAUAAUCUUAGAAAUAAAUUAAAGUUAGUUUCUGCCAGAUAAAUGAAAUCACUAUAGGAAUAUUGCUCUUAGUUCUAUUUGAAUCAUAUUACUUAAAUAUUUUAUCAUUAUCUUUUUACUCAAUUGGCAGAAAUCCAUGGACUCCAAAUGAAAGAUUUCGGGGGCGGGGGGGCUGAAAAAGUAAUGAACUUUAUAAGAAUCCCAAUUAGUGCUCAACUAACUCUCCUAAAGUGACAACAACCUGUGCACUAUUAAGGAAAACAAGAGUCUCCCCUCCCCAUGGGGGAAUCAAACCUUGGUCUUUUGCAUGACAGGCAUGGACACUGUUCACAUUACUUUUGAGAACAUCUUAGUGUUUAUGCAGAAUCAUUUGUUCAGUCAAAUUUUGAUCAUUUCAGAAAGCAGGGACUGCAGCAGAGAAAAGAUUCAAGGCCUACCAGGAGAUCUGUGCUCAUUUUAAGCCAGUGUUCAGACAUUUUUUCAUGGAGAACUUUCCGGAGCCUUCAGUGUGGUUUGAGAAAAGAUUGGCCUACACCCGCAGUGUGGCUACAAACUCUAUAGGCAAGUACAGCUAGCUUGCACCACCUGGCAUUAAAUGAGUGGAUCUACCUGUCAGUAAAUGUAUGGAUAUACCUGUAAGUAAAUGUGUGGAUCUACCUGUCUGUCAGUAAAUGUGUGGAUCUACCUGUCUGUCAGUAAAUGUGUGGAUCUACCUGUCAGUAAAUGUAUUUCAAAGCAAAAAACCAAUUGUGGUUUUCUGACAUAACCGAGCCUUAUUUUCAUUGAGAAUUCAUGAAAACUUUGAUCUAUUGUGAAACGUGAAUGCAUGUUAAACUGUGAACACCAUAAAAAGGUAGGGCUAGUCAUUGUUCAAAGACUCAACACAUGAGCAACACUUGUCACCUUUGCUGAUGAUGGCUGGUGAUCUGAAGAUGCAGGAUCCAAGUGUAGCAUCACCAGUGUCCUCACUGAAGGGACAACCCUGCACCCACCCACUCAUCCCAUCACCAGUGUCCUCACUGACGGGACAACCCUGCAACCCACCCACUCAUCCCAUCACCAGUGUCCUCACUGAUGGGACAACCCUGCACCCACCCACUCAUCCCAUCACCAGUGUCCUCACUGAUGGGACAACCCUGCACCCACCCACUCAUCCCAUCACCAGUGUCCUCACUGACGGAACAACCCUGCACCCACCCACUCAUCCCAUCACCAGUGUCCUCACUGAUGGGACAACCCUGCACCCACCCAUUCAUCCUUUGAUCAAACUCCAAAAAAAGUUUUCUCAUGCUUUCCACUUCUUUCUUUUCAUAAACAGUUUUUUAAAUAAUCAAAGUUUUUAUGAUUCUUCCCAAAUUUUCCUGGUACAAAACAAUUUAUUUUGCUAAGUUUCAUAUUUAAAAUAUUCACUACAUUUUCCAACAUUUUCUCCAUUCUAAUUCGAUUGAUUGCAUCACAAGAAUAAAGAUCGUUGAUUGUGUAGGGCAUUUUGUGUUUCCCGUCAUUCAGCUUUCUUAUGUUUUUUGACAUGUUAUCUUAAUUCUUGUUGUCAGUUGGCUACAUCCUAGGACUUGGUGACAGACAUGUGAUGAACAUUCUAAUUGACCUACAGACAGCCGAGCUUGUCCACAUUGAUUUGGGUAACUGUUUACAAUAGGUGUUUCAAUAAAAUAUAGGUGUUAUAGGUAUAGUUUAUAGACAAUAGGUGUUUCAAUAGAACAUAGAGAAUAGUUGUUUAAAUACAUACAAUCCUAAUGUUCAUGGAGAAUAGUUGUUUUAGUACAUAUAAUCCCAAUGUUCAUAGCACAUAGAGAAUAGUUGUUUUAGUACAUACAAUUCUAAUGUUCAUAGCACAUAGAGAAUAGUUGUUUUAGUACAUACAAUUCUAAUGUUCAUAGCACAUAGAGAAUAGUUGUUUAAGUACAUACAAUUCUAAUGUUCAUAGCACAUAGAGAAUAGUUGUUUUAGUACAUACAAUUCUAAUGUUCAUAGCAGCGAGAGAAUAGUUGUUUUAGCACAUACAAUUCCUAUAUUUUGUUGGUUUGAACUGUGCAUAUAACUAAACAUCAGUGGUGCUAAACCUUGGAGCUUUGUACUCUUUUUUUGAGGAUAUAGUGGUUUAAAACUCCUUUUUAUUUACUUAUAGAGUCCUUAGAUUGCACCUACGGUGAUCCACCACUUUCCCUACAAUCUUCCUCACAACCUUCUCGGCCACCAUUCCCCAUAAUCUAGAUCAAUAUUUAACAUGUUGUUUUUGUUUCUCCAGGUAUUGCCUUUGACAUGGGCCACAUCCUCCCUACACCUGAGACAGUUCCUUUCAGACUGACCCGUGACAUUGUGGAUGGCAUGGGGGUCACAGGGGUGGAGGGGGCCUUCAGAAGGUCAGGCUGAGCCUUGUGAAACACUCUUUUUGUUUUUGGGAUGUAAAGAGAAUAAUUUAAUGCUAAAUUAAUUAAUGUCAAAAUAUCUCCUACCAAUACCAUAACAGUACUUGGACGCAAAGUGUUCAUAAAAUAUUUGAUUAAAAUUGUAUUUAAUCCAGAACAAAAAAUAAAUCUAUUGAUCUAUAUAAUUAAUCUAUUGAUCUAUAUAAUAAAUCUAUUGAACUGUAUAAUAAAUAUAUUGAUCUGUAAACCAGAUCUAUUGAUCUGUUUGAUAAAUCUAUUGAACUGUAUAAUAAAUCUAUUGAUCUGUAUUAUUAUAAUGAAUGCAAUGUAUUUGGUCAACCUUAGGUGUUUUGAAAAUAUGAACAUGUGUAAUUUGUUUUAUUUUGGCAGCAACUAAAAUUUCAAAAAAUUUACAACUAAUUUAGUUCUUUAGGUUUUUUUUUUGUUUUUUAAAUAUCAAUCAGAAUUAUUUUACAAUAAUACUCUGUUUGAGCUGAGACACCUUUGUGUUGUUUCUAUGUUAGUUGGAACCUUCUCCACUGAUGCAUGUCUCAGGUCCUCUAUGAUCCCCAAGGGUUUAACUCAAAUUUAUUCAUCAGAUUGAAAUCUCUUCGUACCAUCAGUAUUGUCACAUUCAUCUCAGAGAUGUCAUUUUCAUGCAACUUUCUGUUGAUGUCAAGGUUGGUGAAGCUCUUUAAAAGAAAUGACAUUUUUGUAAUUAAUCUUUGUUGACAGAUGCUGUGAGAAUACAAUGCAUGUAAUGAAGGACAACAGUGAAUCAUUGCUGACCAUUGUCCAGGUUUUACUCUAUGACCCCUUGUCUCAUUGGUCACUCACACCUCAGCAGGCCUUGGAUAUUCAGGUGAGAGCAAUAUACAUAAUAAAAUACAUUUCUCUUUAAAUAUAUAAAUUCCUUUUCUUCAUAUCAAUGUUUUGUUUAUUAUUUGACUGGCCUCAUUUGUGCCAAUCGAAGAUAUAUUAUCGAUUUAAUUUUUGUAGUUUAUUUCGUUGCCUGUGGCUAUCAGUCCUACUUUUUAUGUUCUCAAAUGAAUGAUAACUCUUCCUACUUCCUUCUAGUUAGAAGUAGGGUUUGUUUACAUUUGUUUUUCCAAUAAUUCCUACCUUUUUUUUCUAUUUUUGUUAAACUGUUGUAAACAAAGCAUUGGCCACGCUUACUCCAAGCACAUCGGCUGUUGAUAGACUAUGUAGGUAGUCAAGUUUGCAAACACAAGCGCUUUUAUAGUGAAUUAUUGAUGCUAAAACAUCAGACAUUUAAAUCUGAUUUAAGGGAUGAUUUUUAGCUUUCUGAUGGGUUGGUAGAUGCAAAUAGAGGAAGUGAUAGUAACAAUGGUGAAAGUGAGGAUUCAGAUAAUACUACUCCUGUUCCUGCAAAGAGAAAUCAGAAAUAAGGAAGAAUAUUUUCUAAAGCCCAGCUUCAGCAAGGACCGCACAUAAAGAAAUUGGUACUAAAGUAAAAUAUUUUGUAAAUAAUGUGUUUGACAUUUGUGUAAAUAUGUUUAUAUAUAUAUAUAUAUAUGCAAAGAAACUGCUCUCUUUGGUUUAUCUUAUCUUAAAUGGAAUAUUUUCACAAUGUAAAAUGCAUUCUGAUAAAAAAUGGACAUUUCUGAGGAAUGAAGCAGAGUAGGAUAUCAGCUACACAAAUAAGUUCAGAUUGGGUGCGCAUUUUUUAACAAAAAUUAUCUCAUAAUAUUACAAAUAGAAUUUAAAUUAUUGUUGUCAUAUCGUUUUAUCUGUCAAAUAUUAUUGUUCUCUAUGUAAUUUCCUUUUGUUUGAUUUAAAAUAAUGUUAUCUUGCUAAAAAAAUUGUAUUUAAAAUUAAUUAAUAGUUAAGAGCACCCUAAAAUAUUUCCAUUGGCCAAAAACUGGUGUGGCACCAACAUGGAAAACCCCCUGGCAAGGACAGAAAGAGGGGGUGGUUGGGGGGGGUGUGUUACAUUUCUUUUAUAUAUAUAUAUAUAUAUAUGAUGUAUAUAUGAUUACUUUUCAGUAAUGAACAAAACAUAUUAAAUGAAUGCUUAUGUUUUAAAGUAAAAUUGUAUACCAUCAAAUGAAAUAAAAUUGUAAAUCUGUCUACUAAUAUAUUAUUCUUAUUUAUUUCAAUCUGUAUCAUGCUGUUACAUUGAAUCCAUUGUUGCAAACAAAAUCGCACUUUAAAUCUUCGUGGGUUUCGGCAGCUUGAGGUUUUCAACUCACCCAACAAAAAAUAAGAAAGGAAAGUACAAUAAAACAAUGUUAGAACUUGGGAAAUAAAACUGUAGCCCACCAACAGAGCAGCUUGAGUUGUCAACUGUGGUCAUUAUUCUUGGUACUGGUCUUCUCUGAAUGUACCAUAAUGUUAAGGGAUACAUAGCUGGCACGCCACUUUGGUGAGGAAGUUUUAAAAAGAAAGUUCUGUUUGUGUGUGUGUGUGGUGUUGGGAGUUAAAAGCUGAUUUGAAUGUAAUUUAUUUGUGUUUUUAUAAACAGGCUAAGAAGAUCAUUUUUAAAAGACUUAAUUUUUUUUUUUUCAACAAGAAAAAUGAAUUUGUUUUGCUAAUUCAGAGAAAGCGUGAACAAGCCAAUCAGGACAAUGUCGUCCAGACCUUGAUCUCAAGUGGCCAGGUGCCUUCAAGCGGUCAAGCGAUUGGGAUAUUUGGACCUGGUGAAAGUGACAUAGGACUGAAGACUAACGGUGAGAUUUAUUCCCAGAGCUCUACAACCCUUUAAUGAAAUACAGCAAAACAUUUUUUUAAUGACAAAUUGAAAAAUCUUACUUAAAACUUGUUGACACAUCAUAAUCUUAUGGCCCUGUUUUUCUGACUACACCAUGCAGUUUUGUUAAGUUUAUACAAAAAAGUCCUCUCUCUUUUUUUUAAUGAAUAUUUUCCUUAAGUUAUUGAAAACAUUUUGUUCUUAUUAUUUAUCUGAUGAAAUAGGUUUUCAAAGUGAGGUAAAUAGUAGAUUAUCUUCUUUACAAAUAAUUAUCUGGCUCCAAAGAUGAGCAAAAAUAGCUGCCAAGCAACACAAGAGUCAACAAUUUAAAAUGACUUAAUCGCAUACCAUCUGUUUCAGAGUCGAGAGAAAACCAGAACAAACUGGCUGAGAGGACCUUGCUGCGACUGAAGCAGAAGUUGAACGGGCUGGAGGGAAACGCCCAGCUGAGCGUGUCGGGUCAGGUCAACUUCCUCAUUCAGAAGGCCAGUGACCCCAGGAACCUUUGCAAGUUGUAUGCUGGCUGGCAGCCAUAUUUGUAAAUGCAACUGUUAACUUUCUUUUAAACCGGUGUCCUGUUAAGUUUUUUCAACUGCUGAUAAAUAUCUGCUGAAUUUUUUUAUUUUUAAAGAUCCUUGCCGUUUGAUUUAAAUGAAACCUAACAUCUCUGUUAAUUUAUUCAUUGAAGAGUUACAAAAAUGAAUUUAUAAAAAAAACUAAAUUUUUUAAAAAUUGUCAUCCUUGUUUUGCCUCUAUCCAGAAACCUGUGCUAUGAUAUAUUUUUUAAUCCAUUCAUAAAUAACUGUUAUAGUUAUAGUUUUAUAGAAGCAAUCAGCUUUAUUGGCCGACUGAUCCCCUUAUUUUUAAUAUAUUGAAUGGACGGACUACUAUAUUUUAACACAUGUAUUGACAGAAAGAACAUGUUAUAUCACUCCUUGUAUAUAGUCAUCCCAAAAUAAAUGAAUAUUUUUCAAAUGUGGCCGUCCACAAAAUUCGACCUGAACUUCUCAUGCUAAUCAUUAAGUCAAAUCCGUUGCAACAUAAAUUGUUUCACUGCUGUAAUUGAUGUUUUGUAUUAAUCCAUGCUCAGAGAAAUUCUUUUCUUGUGUUUGAUUUGAUUUGAUUUUUUUUUUUGCAUCUUUGAGGUUGUUGGUUUUUUUCCUUCAUUUUUGGAGUGAACAGAAUUAGCUCAUUAAAAGAAAUAUGCUUUUCCUUAAAAGUAAAUUACUUCCAAAUUUAUAAAAGUUUUAUCACUCUAAGACACAAGCAAGAGGCUAGAUCAACAAGUUUCCUUGAUUUAUUUCUCAUGUUAGCCCAUUACACUGACUUCAUAAGUAAACAUUGGCUGUUUUUUUUUUUACAAAAACCUUUUUGUUAGAGAGUGUUUUGAGUUGACCACAUUUCCAUCAUGAUGAUGUCAUUGUUCUCUGGAAGCUAUGAAUCGUUGUUGGUUCCUUACAUAACUACCAUUCCUAAUGUUACUGUUAAUUAUUGCAAUAAACUAUCUGCAUUUAUUGUGACUUAAUGUAACUAGUGUUUGUAAACAUACCCCACUUAUUGUGUUCAACGUAAGACUUAUAAUUUUAAAAAAUAAUGUUUUUAGUAUAAUGCAAUAAAAGAAAAAGUUGUUGUAGUUUACUUAAAAUUUAAAAUGAUAAAACUUUGAAAACUCUGCUACAAAGU